AUGGCAGUGGAGGGUUCGUCUACUAGGACUAGCAAAUUGGUGCCAAUACCACCGGAUGGUGGUUGGGGUUGGGUUGUAGUGAUGGGCUCGUUUUUCGUCCAUGUGUUCGCUGACGGAUUCGUGUACUCAUUUGGUGUGCUCGUUGAAGUCCUCAUAAAGGAAUUCAAUUCGGAUAAUACGGUAUGUGCGAUGAUUAUUUCACUACUGACUGGUCUUACACUUGGAAGUGGACCGUUGGCAUCCGCUGUGUGUAAUAAAUACGGAUGUCGGACAACAACAAUUGUCGGAGCUUUCAUUGCUUCUAUUGGAUGCGCCAUGUCGUACUUUGCGACGGCAAUGUGGCAUAUUGUCUUCUCAGUCGGAGUGAUAAUGGGUAUUGGAUUUGGUCUCAUGUACUGUCCGGCCAUUGUCAUUGUGACAAUGUAUUUCGAAAAACGUCGUUCCUUAGCAACUGGAUUCGCUGUUGCUGGUGCUGGCGUUGGUACAGUGCUGUUCUCGCCAAUCAAUGAAUACAUUAUCACUCACUAUGGAUGGAGAGCUGUGUUUCUUGCAUUUCUUGGAAUUUUGGGGCUAUGCGUGCUUUGUGGAUGGACAUUUCGACCCUUAAAAUUUCGCGAAAUCCACGACAGUGAUGAAAUUGACGACAUAGAAGAAGCAAAAAAAGCUGAGCCUGUCCAUCCAUCCUGGGCCAGCAAACUGAUACCAAACUUGUCUGAGAGGAUGGUAGCAUUUGCAUUCAGUCACCUUCAACGGCGGAAACGUUGUGAGACAGUCGGUGAAAGAGAUGUGGGAUACCUUAAUAGGAAGGAUGUAUUCUACACCGGAUCUAUUACAAAUGUUACUGAGUUCAACGAACAUCCUGACAAAUUUAGGUCCACAGGGUCGUUGCACAGGCGAACGGCGAGUGUAACAGUUUCUGUGUCUGCUGAAAAGUUGAAAGAAGUGAAAGAAGCGAGUGAAGAAGUUUCAGAAGAUAAUAGCAAUACUGACAAUACAGAGGGUAAACAUAUGUUUAGGACGAUAUCAAAGAUGCUCUCUCUUUCUCUUCUUCUUGACCCGAUAUUCCUCAUUUUUGCCAUAUCGAAUCUUUUAACAUCGGUUGGCUUCAACUCUCCACUGUAUUUUUUGCCUUUGCAUGCAACGAAAGGUGUUGGGCUUGAUACGGUCAGGUCAUCUCGAGUUCUUUCCGUUUUUGGGUUGUGUAACACUCUUGGUCGUAUCGUGUUCGGCGUCGUUGCUGACCACAGGCUGCCACUGCCAUACGGGUUUGGAGAAGAUACAGCCAGGAAUAGGCUUUGGAUAUAUAACAUAUCACUUUCGCUUUGCGGCGUGCUCACAGCAUUCUGCUACCUCUGUUCUGAUUUCAUUUCGCUUUCUGUCUAUGCUGGGCUGUUUGGAUUUUCCAUUUCCUCCUAUAUUUGCUUAACGAGUGUCAUUCUCGUUGACAUACUUGGACUCGAAAAGCUUACUAACGCCUUCGGUCUUCUUCUACUAUGGCAGGGUAUUGGGACGGUUUUUGGACCACCAAUAUCGGGAUAUCUCGCUGAUCUAACGAACACCUACGUCUGGUCAUUUGUGUUCUGCGGCGUCAAUUUACUGGUCUCGGGUAUGAUGCUGUUUAGUAUUCCAUAUUUUCGAGAGAAAAACACUAGACAAGCUAUUCCACAGCAUCCACCAGAGGAUUUGAAACUUCAGGAGUGA